UAUUUUUUUUUAAUUUGAAGCUGAAUGAAGAUAUGGAGCAAGUAGCUUCUGGCCUAGUGGAAGGAACAGAAGAAGUGGAUGGAGAAGACACCAGGUCAACUAUCCUUCCAGACAGCAACAGCGGUUCAGUGCGUUUCAGCAAGUCCUGCCUGAAGAAUGUCUUCUCAGUCAUUCUCCUCUUCAUUUAUCUUCUGCUCAUGGCUGUAGCUGUUUUCCUAGUCUACCAAACCAUCACUGACUUCCGAGAAAAGCUCAAGCACCCUGUGAUGUCCGUCUCUUACAAGGAGGUGCCUUCUUAUGAUGCUCCUGGCAUUGCCCUUUACCCAGGCAAGGCUGAACUGCUGACCUGUAAGCAUCAUUACUAUGAUUAUAUUUUGCCUCUGAUCAACCCGGGUCAGCCAGGAGAAAUUGAAUGCACUAUUCAAAGAGUCAACUACACUGAUCCCUUUACUAAUCGAACCAAGAAACAUGCUGUGAUUGUCCAAGGGCCUCGUGAAGUGAAGAAACGAGAACUGGUGUUCAUGCAGUUCCACCUAAAUGAGACGGACCAGGAUUUCAGUGCAAUAGACUACCUUCUCUUUUCCUCUUACCAAGAAUUCCUCAACAGUCAUAACCAGUCAGAAUUCAUGAAGAGGUGUGAGAGCUCCUACUCCAGCUGGAAAUUCUCUGGUGGUUUUCGAACCUGGGUCAAAAUGUCUUUGGUGAAAACAAAAGAAGAAGAUGGCAGGGAGACGGUUGAAUUCAGACAGGAGAUUAGCGUGGUUAACUACAUUGAACGGAGGAAGGAAGCAGGGGGCGACCAACUGUUUUUUGUGGUAUUUGAAUGGAAAGAUCCUUUUAUCCAGGAAGUUCAAGAUAUUGUCACGGCAAAUCCCUGGAACAUGAUAGCUCUGCUCUGUGGCAUCUUCUUGGCUUUAUUUAAAGCAGCUGAUUUUGCUAAACUGAGUGUGAAAUGGAUCAUAAAAAUCCGAAAACGGCACCUCAAGAGAAGAAGUCAAGUCCUGAACCACAUCAGCUGAGGACCAUAAGCCCCACUGGGAAAGUUCUGUAAAUCCACUGGAGAAUCAAAUG